AUGCGUCACGUGGCCAACGAGAAAGAAGCCAUUAUGCGUCGACGGCAUGAAGAUGUGGCCGAAGAGGAAAAACAGAUCUCGGCCAAGCGCUGGAAGGACGCUCUGGCUAAACCCAACCUCGACUACAGUGACAUUUUUGACCACGUAUAACUCUGUUGUUGCAGCGGCAUGUCGCCUGUGCUAACCAAGAGCACAGCCCAGUUCAAAUCCCUGACGCCAAACUUUUGUCUGGCAUAUUUUGAAGGUUAC